CCCCGCCGGGCGAGACGCUACCCAUUCGCGCUCAUCCGCCGACGCUUCGUCCCCGACUAGGCCUCGCUCCUUUGGUCAGCUCGCAGCCAUGCCCACCCAGGCCCCCCUUCUGUACAACCUGCCCGGCAGUCCACCCUGUGGCUUCGUUCGCUCGCUCGCCAAGCACCUGGGCGUCGAGAUUACGCUCAAGAACCUGGACUUUGCUAAGAAGGAGCACCUCAGCGAGGAAUACCUCAAGAUCAACCCAUUCCACAAGGUACCCACACUUGUCGAAGAAGACGGCUUCAUCGUUUACGAAAGCAAUGCCAUUGCCUACUACCUGCUGCGCAAGCAUGCCCCUGAGUCCGACCUCUACCCUAAGUGCUACAAGGAGCGCGCACGCAUCGACAUCGUCCUCGCCGCUGUUGCCAGCAUUAUCCAACCAUUCCAGCUGCUAUUCUUCCGUCCGCGCUUCUGGGACAACAUAAAGCCAUCGGAUGAAGAGGUGGCAGCCUUCGAGACCAACGUCGUCCAGGGCCUCCAAUAUCUCGUCAGCGAUGGCAAGUACGCCACCGGGGACAAUCUCACACUCGCUGACUUUUGCCUGGUCGCAAACCUGACCAUUUGCCUUGAGAAUGGCUCCGUGGAUACUUCUAAGUUUCCCAAGCUGACUGCCUACUACGAACGCAUGAAGACUGAGCUUCCUUACUUCGAAGAAAUCUACAGGCCGGGUAUCACCUACCUUCAGCAGCGCUGGAGCGAGCUGAAGUGAAGUUAAGAACCCAAAUCCCAGCCCUGUGACCACAUACGCCUCUCGUCUACAAAAUAAACUAUACCGUUUUCUUUCACA